GCGGGCGCCGGGCGGGAGGAUGCGCGAGUACAAGGUGGUGGUGCUGGGCUCGGGCGGGGUGGGGAAGUCGGCGCUCACGGUGCAGUUCGUCACCGGCACCUUCAUCGAGAAGUACGACCCCACCAUCGAGGAUUUCUACCGCAAGGAGAUCGAGGUGGACGCGUCGCCCUCGGUGCUGGAGAUCCUGGACACGGCCGGCACCGAGCAGUUCGCCUCCAUGCGGGACCUCUACAUCAAGAACGGGCAGGGCUUCAUCCUGGUCUACAGCCUCGUCAACCAGCAGAGCUUCCAGGACAUCCGCCCCAUGCGCGACCAGAUCAUCCGCGUCAAGAGGUAUGAGAAGGUGCCAGUAAUUUUGGUUGGUAAUAAAGUGGACCUGGAGAGUGAGAGGGAAGUAUCUUCAAAUGAAGGCAGAGCGCUGGCUGAAGAAUGGGGUUGUCCUUUUAUGGAGACCUCUGCUAAAAGUAAAACAAUGGUGGAUGAGCUCUUUGCAGAAAUCGUUAGACAAAUGAACUAUGCAGCUCAGCCAGACAAAGAUGAUCCAUGCUGUUCUGCAUGUAAUAUUCAAUAGCAUUAAAAAUGACCUAACCUGGACCUAAUUUGCAGAAUUUUUGUAAGGUGGUAAAACUGUCUGCCUCAAUUCCUGGUUUGUAGGUCACUUGGAAUAAAUCAUAAGUGAAGUAACAACUUUAAGUCAGAGCUGAGCAUUGAAAGUCAAUCACAGUCUCUGAACACAAUGGGGUUAAACAACUACAACUUCUCACCCAAUACCCCCUUGUGCACGUACAAUUUCGUCAUAGACAGUUGAUCUACAGGGUGAUCUCAAUUGAACUAUGUGUGUUUGUGUUAUGUCGGACAGCAGCAGCUAUUUCAUAAAUUAGAAAAUUCCUGGUGAUGAAAAUUGAAACCGCUAGAGAGAAGACCUGCGAAGAUGAUGAUGUGCAAUUAGCAUAUCCUAUACGGAUGAACACAAAAGGAGGGGAAAGCCUUUCAGUUUCGAUAUACUGCAUUUCAGGAGUUGUACUUUUGCUUGUGGCCAAGUUUACACAAACAAGUAUGCUAAUUUCAUCUGAACUUCUGACAGUUUUACAGGCAGAUAUGAUCUACAAGACCUAUAUAGUUUUUUUCCAAAAUUGAUGCAAUUUCUACACUUUAUCUCAUCUUGUGAAAUAGAAAGCACUGCAUCAGUACUUGAAAGAAAAGAGAGAAGAUCUGAAAAACUAAUAGCUAGUGAAAAAACACGAUAUGGCAUUGGAAUGUUUUAAAUCUUCCACUUUGCUGCUCAAGAAUGGAGGAUCACUUCAGGUUUUGGUCAGACAAAAAGCCAAACAAACCCUCUGUUUACAAAGCAGGAAACAUCUUUAUCACUUUACUGAACCAGGAGGAAGCAACUGUGAUGAAAAAAAUCGCUUAGCCUUACUAACAAGGAACACUUUAAUAGAUUAACUAGUACCAUCUUGUAAGGAAAACAAAGCCAUGUUGCAUCCAGAUGUUCCCUUUUGCAGAAACCUCAUGGGACAGUAUGAAUAUCCUGCAUUUUUAAGUUUGCUAAAGAAGAUAAUUUCUUUCUUGCCUUUAAGGGCUAAGUUUUUUGGUGUGAUCCCUAACUAACCUUUGGAAAUCAAGUUUGCUAUUUCAUAGCUUUAAUGUUGGCAACUUUGUUAAUUGAAUAACCAUGUGAAAUCAUUUUGGCUCACAGGAGGAAUAUAGGUUAUGGUUCUACUUUAGGUGAGAAAGGAAAAAGCUUUUGUGUAAUUGCCUGACACACUAUUCAAAGAUUGCCCUGAUUAUUAGGGUAUCAAGUAGUGGGAGCAAAUAUUUUGUUUUGCAAGGGUGCUCGAUCUCUGACAUUCUAGUUUUCCUAGCAGUGAAGUAUUUAUCAUUUGCAUGACUAAUGGCACAGAAAUAUCUAUUCUGAAGUCUUACAAUCAAGUAUAGAAAAGUUUUCAAUCAAAUUGUCUAAGUUUUAUAUGUUGGAGCGAUUGUCUUGAGCUGGACCUUUAUAGAUAAAAUUUGGUCAUCAAAAUGCAGUAUCACUGAGCCUGUGGUCUAAAUACCAUCAUGCUUUUAUUAGUUUCUCAGUCUUGUGCAGUAACAGUGUAGUUCCUUGUGUGUAAAUGAGUGAAAACGGGUGCAUGUGUUCGGGGUGUGUGUGUGUGUAUGUAUCCCUUAGAAAUGCUGUAAUUGGAGUUUGGUUCUGACAGAUUUACCUCCAUCAGCAGAACUGCUUUAAAAAUGCUCUUAAUCUUUGAAAUGAGAAACUCAAGUAUAAAACAGCUUCACAAAGUUUCUUAAAUAAUAUAGUAACAUUAUUAAUCUUCUUCAGUGGGUGACAGCUAACGGAAACAUUAGUGAUGGAAGAGAACUGGCCACCACUGCCCAGAUUCCUAUUCAGAUUUUUCUAAAUCCCUGUAAUAUAGGUUUUUCAGCUAAUUGCCACAAUCUUGGAUGUUGUUGCACCUUUUCCACCUAAUAUUAACCAUGUGUGUGUGCUUAAGUAAAAUUUGAGACUUUAAUCAAUGGUAUCUUCACUUCCUAAAAUACCUAAAUGGAGGAGGGGUCUAAUGAAACCAUACAAUCUAUUAAUAAAAUACGCAGCUUGUCAAUUUGAGACCUACUGCCUGAGUGCUCAAAAACAUCAAAUUUGGUAUCAAUUUACAGUUUGGAGUGUAUGUUGAGCAAUAUUGUAUAUGAGAUGCUAAGAUCUUAUAUAAAAAAUUGCUGUGUGACCAAUAAAGUGGUAUAAAUAAUAUGUAUGAAGGGCCUAAGUUGAAGUGUGUAAUAUAAAACAGAUGGGCUUUUAAUUUAGGAAAAAUUGCACAAGUAAAAUUUUAAACAGAAAAUUGUAAUAAAAAAGAUACUUCCAAGACAUGUUUUUCCUUACCAUUUUACAUUUGUAAUGACUAAGCAACACACACAUCAACACACAACAUUCUGGGGGUAUGGCGGGGGAAAUGUAAAUGCUCUUCUCUUUAUUGUGUAAUUCUAAGGAGAUAGUUGUGCACUAUUUGUGUUUCCACUGAUAUGAAUAUCGUGGAGCUUGAAUCAAUGACAGUUGCAUUUGGCUAAGAUAUUUUUGAAAGCAUAAGGAUAGCAAGAGGGUAGUUAAAUGAGCCACAUUCAAGAUAGGUGGCCACCUGGAGAAAGUCAGUGGUCUUGGGUCACCUCUUACUUUGUACCCUGAUCAGACUACCAAUUAUAUAGUAUGUGAAAGUUUUUUAUAACAUGCCUUAAAAUAUUAUGGUUUGAUCCAAAGACCCAUGUUUUCUUUCGCUGUUCUUGUAGAGUUUUGUACUUUUCUACAAAGACAGCAUUUUUUAAGUUUUAUUGAUUGAUUUUUUUUUAAAUGUUGCAACUUUCAUUCUUUUCAGCUGUGAUAAUGGUAGUAACUGUUUUCUCCCACUUUUAAAAAGUAGGUAAAAUAAAUAAACCAGCAUCAGAUCAAAAGUAUUACACAUGGGGUUUUUUUUAAUUAGAGCAUCAAAAGCAGUUUUUGAUGACUUUCUGUUCUGGCCAACAAGUAACUAGCCUCUCUCUAACCCCAGUGCUACAGUUGCCAUCACUUUUCUGUGGGAAAACUACUGGUAUUUGCUUUUGUGUAUAAAGAAUGUUGCCUAAAGAUGUCAGCCAUUUGGUUGGGGGUGGGUUGUGCAUGUUUGGUUUUCUUUUUACCAGUGUAGAAUCAAAAUACUGGUUAGGCUUUAAUGGUGAAACUCCGCGACAAAGCAAAUGUUUGACAACAGUAGGAGGCUUUUAUCUGCAUUGUUGUGCAUCAGGUCUCAAGAAUGAUUGCAGUGGGUCUUGGAACCAGGCUUAAUGGUAUUGAUUUGGGGUUUCCCAGAGGCGAAUAAAUAUAUUUCACAGGUAAUUGUUGAGCUCUAGUACAACUGGCAACCUAUAGAUGGAGCAACAAUUUAUUGUUUUGUAACAAUGUCAGUUGUUAAACCUUGAUGUUUCAAAUAAAAACAAGAACUGUACAUAGAACUCAAUGCAAACUCAGCAGUUGUAUUUGGAGUUAAAUUAUUUUAACAAAUAAAUUUAUUUAAUGAAA